AUGCCCUCAAUUACCCCACUUAUCCUCGUCCUCGCUUCUCUCGCUUCUCUCGCCCCCUCAACCCAGGCAGAAACUGUCUUGGGUGUCUAUAUCUUCCAUCGGCAUGGAGAUCGCACGUCGAAAAGCUUCGCACCGACGACCUUGACUAAUUUGGGAUACCAGCAAGUCUAUAGCUCCGGUGAAUUCUACCGUGCCCGGUACAUUGAGAGCAAUGCUUCAUCUCCCAUCUAUGGAGUUAGCCCUGACGUCGUUAAAAACUCCCAAUUAAGUGUUCAAGCCCCAGUGGACACAGUUUUACAGACCUCAGCAGCGUCCUUCCUUCAGGCGCUAUACCCACCCGUUGGAAAUACGGAAACCCUUGCCAAUGGAACAAGGAUUGAAAGCGGCUUGCAAUUCAUCCCCGUGAGCGCUGUUGCCACCGCAGCUUCUGGGACCGAUUCCGAAAACAAUGUCUGGUUGCAAGGCCAAAGCAACUGCCAAAAUGCCAUUCUCAGCUCGAACAGCUACUUUUACUCGCAGGAGUAUCUGGAUAAGUUGAGCUCCACUGCCGGCUUCUACAAGAGCAUCUUGCCUGUAAUCAAUGGCACUUUCACGGCUGAAACGGAUACUUUCAAAAAUGCAUACGGCAUCUAUGACUUGGUCCACGUUUCCACCAUCCAUAACUCGAGCAUUCCGUCUAGCGAUCUUCUCACCGAUGAGGCGCUCUUCCAGCUCCGAACUCUUGCGGAUGAUCAUGAAUACAAACUAGCAUUCAAUGCAUCCGAACCUAUCCGUGCCAUUUCUGGUAGCACUCUAGCGGCACAAAUCGUUCAAGAUCUAAACUCCACGAUCGUUGGCAAGUCAAAGGCACCAAUCUCCAUCGAAUUCGGCGCAUACGCGAGCUUUUUCUCCUUCUUCGGUCUCGCCCAACUCCCCAAAGCGUCAGAAAACUUUACUGGGUUGGUCGAUUACGCUUCGUCGAUGGUAUUCGAGCUGGUAACCAAUGCGACAGUCUCAAAAACGUCCUACCCAUCAAAUGACCAAAUCUCCGUCCGGUUCCUUUUCUCCAAUGGCACCGCUGCUGGCAACCCCUUGACUCCAUAUCCGCUCUUUGGGGGUGAUCAAAGCUCGACCCUCAUCCCAUGGACUGGGUUUGUCGACGGGAUGAAUAAAUUUGCCAUUGGGGAUCAGGUACAUUGGUGUAACGCGUGCGGAAACUCUACCGGCGUUUGUGCUUCUGCGGCUGACUCAACCGCAUCGUCUACUUCCUCUAAAUCGUCUCCAUCAUCAUCUGGCGGCGUUUCAAAGGUAGUUGCCGGUGUGAUUGGUGCAUUGGUUACCUUGGCUGUGGUAUUUGGCUUGGAGGCUCUCAUUAUGCUGGUGGGCGGACUUCGUUUGGUUAAUAAGAAGCGCUUGAGUGGCCAUGGUACACCUGAAAACGCGGGCGCAGCCAGCGUAGCCACGAAGGCUUGA